AUGGAGAAGACCCAAAGACCCUCCAACUUCAAGGCAUACCGCUUUGUCGUUCUGGGGCUGACACUGGUUGUAGCUGCCCUAUACCACCUGCGUGUGUUUGAGCCUUUGCUGGAACAAUUCCACAAAGAUGUGGAGGUUUACGAACAAACCUGUCCCGUAUCUGUGAAGAUUGCCCCUUCCUCUUUCAGCAAGGACAACUCAACCGUGUUCAAGAUUAUCAAUUCGCCAGAAUUCAGAAAUGAAAGUGCUGGAAAACUUUCCAAGGCCGUUCAGGUUGACACCCAGAUUGGAGACGUUUGGCCUGAUGUUCCUGAAGCUCCUGAGCAAUGGGCUAUUUUCAAGGCCUUCCAUGCCUAUCUCGAGGAGACCUUCCCCACGGUCUACGAGAACCUAAAGGUUGAAACCGUCAACACCUACGGCUUGGUGUACACCUGGGCUGGUUCGGACCCCAGUCUGAAGCCUUCCAUGUACACGGCCCACCAGGACACUGUUCCAAUCCAGGAGGACACUAUCAAGGACUGGACGUACCCUCCACUCUCCGGCCACUACGAUGGAGAUACCGUCUACGGCAGAGGUGCUUCUGACUGUAAGAACCUUCUCGUUGCUCUUCUCGAGACCGUCGAAUUGUUGCUUGCCGAUGGCUUCAAGCCUACGCGUACUGCACUUUUCGUCUUCGGUUUUGACGAAGAGGCCCAGGGAACCAGAGGUGCCAAGCAUCUUGGUGCAUUCUUGGAUGAGAGAUACGGAAAAGACGGAAUCUACUCGAUUCUGGACGAAGGCUCUGGAGUUGUUGCAGAUGGUGAAAAGCUUUUUGGAAUUGCUACUGUUCGGGAAAAGGGUUACAUGGAUCUUGCAAUUGAGCUUACUACUCCAGGUGGUCACUCGUCUUUGCCUCCAGACCACACCUCCAUCGGUAUCAUGUCUCAAUUGAUUAACCUGAUUGAGGCUGAUGUUUAUGAGAAGGUUCUCACCGACGAGAACCCAUAUCUGCAGUUCCUCCAAUGCCAGGCUGAACACUCAGAUGUUCUUCCUGCUGCCAUCAAGGAGGCUGUUCUGCGCGCCAAGGUUGAUGACGAGGCCAAUGCUAAGGUUAUAGAGUAUAUGCAAGGUUCCAGAGCAUCCAAAUAUCUCAUCCAGACCUCUCAAUCGGUUGACAUCAUUAACGGAGGAGCCAAGGCUAAUGCCAUUCCAGAGAACACUCGUAUUGUCAUCAACCACAGAAUUGCUAUCGAAAAGACCAGUAAGGCCAUUCUAGACCGUAUGCUUGGCCGUGUCCAGACCAUCGCCAGAAAGAACGAGGUUGGUCUUAUCGAUUACUACGGAAACACCGUCUUGGAGCCCACUCCUCUUGGGUUCUUCAACCUGUCAAUUCUAGGAGGAAACAUUUUGGAGCCUUCUCCAGUGACUCCUUCUGAGGGUGAGGUGUGGGACCUGGUUGCAGGUGUUACCAGACAUGUUUUCGAGGAUGUCGUUUUCCCUGAUAUGAAGUAUCCAUUGGUCAUGGCUCCAGUGGUAUUCUCGGGUAACACCGACACCAGAUAUUACUGGAACCUGACCAAGAACAUUUUCAGAUAUACCCCUGCUAUUAUGGAUGUGAACUUGGGCCACAUCCACUCUGUUGAUGAGCAACAGGGAAUCGAGUCUCAUUUGCAGGCGAUUGCGUUCUUCUAUGAGUUCCUCCAGGCCAUUGAGGAAUAA